UCUCCCCUACGUCAUAAAAACGCCACCUGGUGUGCGCAGUGUCGCUGCACCACCCCGGAGUCGAGCACCGCUGCCGCCGCAGGACCAGCGGCCAACACCCCUAACGGUGAUAUUGAAUUAAGCCAAAGCGUAUCGGUUCCCUCUCAAUUUUGGUUCUGACCAAGUGGGUAUUGUUCUACAAAUGGAUAAUGGAGACUGGGGCCAUAGGAUGAGUUCUCCUGUUACAUUGAACGUGGGGGGCUGCCUGUACACCACCAGUUUAUCCACCCUGCAGCGCUAUCCGGACUCCAUGCUGGGCGCCAUGUUCCGGGGAGAUUUCCCCACCACCCGCGAUUCCCAAGGGAAUUACUUCAUCGAUCGCGACGGGACGCUUUUCAGGUACAUCCUGAACUUCCUGCGGACGUCCGAGCUCACCCUCCCCCUGGACUUCACGGAGACGGACCUCCUGAGGAAGGAGGCGGACUUCUACCAGAUCGAACCUUUGAUCCAGUGCCUCAACGACCCCAAGCCGCUGUACCCUCCCGACAUCUUCGAGCAGGUCGUGGAGCUGUCCAGCACCCGGAAACUGUCAAAGUAUUCAAACCCAGUGGCGGUCAUCAUCACGCAGCUGACCAUAACCACGAAGGUUCACGGCCUGCUGGAAGGGAUUUCCAACAACUUCACCAAGUGGAACAAACACAUGAUGGACACUAGGGACUGCCAGGUGUCCUUCACCUUCGGACCAUGUGACCAUCACCAAGAGGUGUCCCUGAGGGUUCUCCUCAUGGACUACAUCAUGAAACAAGGCUUCACCAUCCGCAACACGCGCGUGCAUCACAUGAGCGAGCGCGCCAACGAGAACACGGUGGAGCAUCACUGGACUUUCUGCAGGCCGGCUCACAAAGUCGAGGACUGAACCGCGGGCGGCGUUCCCGUUUGAUUUGUCUCCAUAUUACGCAGGUCAUGAUCAAAAAUGAACUUAUGUUGAUCUGUCUUAGAAGUGUGUCCCUAAUUGUGUUUUUUUUUUUCUUUCUCUUAUUUUAAUAAAUGGGGCACAAGGAUCAAGGUCCACAGAAAGCAUAAAAAUAAUGAAAUGGGAAUUAUGAUUUACUCUCCUGUCCUGAGGGCAAGAACACCUACUUAUCUGUGCUUCCACUACUUAUUGGACAUUAUUCUCAUGAAGACUCUAUAGCAAUGAUUCUAUUAUGAUUGUAUUUAUUUUAUUACACUAUUAUGCUCAAAUGAUGUGGGUUAUUUUUAUAUUUUAAUGUUCUACCGAUACCAUCUGUUUAAAUGAAGGAUAAAGUGCUCAUAAACAGGUAGCUGUGGUAUAAGACUAUUUGCAGACAAACGGAAGAAGAUCCAAGUCUGACACUGAACAAAGAACUUUAUUUUAGAUCCCAAUUUGAUCAUCUUUAGCCCAAUUUACAGUAGAUCUUAAAGGUAAUCUCUUAGCUUUCUUGUUUCCUUGUACGGUCCUUUAUCUGGAGACCCCAGUCGUCGUUGCAUGUGUCCGAGUGUCCUGUGUUUGACUUUCUAAUUGUGCGCUUCGCAGUAUUACGUCAUGCUGUUCUAGUUUAGAGCUCAUGUCAACAGUGAUGUGUUUGGGUCAUUCCAGCUAAAAUAAACCCAUUUGUCAGUCAUUAGUUCAGUUUUACGGUGGCAGUUUUAAUAUUCACGCUGACUGUGCAAGUCAAACGUCCCCCCACUUAAGCUGCUUUAAGUUCCUCAUGUUAUAAACACAUGCGCAAUGUGGCGUUCAUUCAAAAAAAAAGCUUUACAAAAUGUUCCGGCCAUGUUACAUUCAGAAUUUUAAGUAGUAGUAUUAUUUAGUUUGACAUAAGUGGAAUCACAGAUAUUAGCACCUGUCUUAAACUGCAUUAUUAUUAUACAUUAUUAUUGAAGCCCAAUAGAAAAGGCAAAAGAAAACUACUGUAUUAUACCUAUUUGCAUUAAAGGUGCUACACGUUAA